UAUACCUUUUAAGGAUACGAGUCUCUCUGUAACGACUCCGGACUAGGAAGGCGCUUCCAUUUUAAGGAUACCGGGUUUGGGGAUCAACGUUUCACUUUGGAGGGGAGGGCGUGUAGGACGCCCUCUUAAGGCUUCCCUUCACCCCCGAUGGCGCUACCCGGCUCCUCACAGGCCUGGAGCCUGGAACCUCCCACUUCCACGGCCCCUACCUCCUCGUCCUCGGGCUCCCAGGAGCGGGAGGGCGCCGGGAGCCCAGUGGUCUCCGGGGGGCUUCCCUUGGAGAAGGUGAAACGGCCCAUGAACGCGUUCAUGGUGUGGAGCUCCGCCCAGCGCCGCCAGAUGGCGCAGCAGAACCCAAAGAUGCACAACUCAGAGAUCUCCAAGCGCCUGGGCGCGCAGUGGAAGCUACUGGGCGAGGACGAGAAGCGGCCCUUCGUGGAAGAGGCUAAACGGCUCCGGGCCCGGCACCUGCGCGACUACCCCGACUACAAGUACCGGCCGCGGCGCAAGACCAAGAGCACGGGCGCCGGGUCGCCCCACUUCGGCCAGGGAAGCGGCGGCGUGGCUGGCGGCGGGCCGGUCUGGGGGCCCGGGUACACGACCACCCAGGGGAGCAGAGGCUUUGGGUACCAGCCCCCCAACUACUCGACAGCCUACCUGCCUGGCGGUUACGGCUCUUCCCACUGUAAACCGGAGGCCCCCUCGCCGUGCCCUCUCCCUCAGAGUAACCCAAGGCUCCAGGGGGAGCAGCUCCCCCCUUACAGCCCCUACCCACCCCCAGGCCCUCCCACUCUGUACAACCCUCCCCUCCCAGGGGCCCCCAUGCCCCUAACCCACCUCUAACCCUCAUGGACAUGGACCUCCCAGAG